CGGCGGCCGGAGGAGGAAUGCUCGACCGCCGCUGCAGUCGCGGGGGCGCCCGCGUCCCGGGGCGACGAGGAAGAACCGGACGGCGCCCCGGAGAAGGGCCGCAGCUCGGGGCCCAGCGCCAGGAAAGGCAAGGGGCAGAUCGAGAAGAGGAAGCUGCGGGAGAAGCGGCGCUCCACCGGCGUGGUCAAUAUCCCCGCCGCUGAGUGCUUAGAUGAGUACGAAGACGACGAAGCCGGCCAGAAAGAGCGGAAACGAGAAGACGCCAUCACACAGCAGAACACCAUUCAGAACGAAGCUGCGAGCCUCUUAGACCCAGGCACUUCCUUCCUGUCCCAGGACCCGUCAAGAACAGUUCCAGGCAGAUACAAGAGCGCAAGCACUGCCCCAGAAGAUGACGCCUCCAGCCGAUAUCCCCAAACAGACAGAGGUGGUUUCAACAGACACAGCAGAGAUGCCAACACGGCGGGCAACUUCGCCUCCAGUAGCACAUUGGAAAAGAGAAUUGAAGAUCUCGAAAAGGAAAUAGCCAGAGAAAGGCAAGAAAACCGCAGGCUCGUGAGACUCAUGCAAGACAAAGAGGAAAUGAUUGGAAAACUCAAGGAAGAGAUCGAUUUGUUAAACAGAGACCUAGAUGACAUAGAAGAUGAAAAUGAACAGCUCAAGCAGGAGAAUAAAACUCUUUUGAAAGUUGUCGGGCAGCUGACAAGGUAGAAGAUUCCAGGCUCGAUGUGGAGAAUCUGUUUUUAAACUACUGAUUGAAUGUCCUGGCUAAGGCAGAGAAGAUGCGCUCCCGUGAAGCAAUACAUUGAGAUAACUGUAUUUAUUUCUGACAACAGAUGGAUACCGGUUUGCAAAAUUACUCCUUUUCAUUAUUAGCCUUAAGAAGUAUCAAUCCUGUAUUUCACAAAUUUGUAACAUUUUUAGGUAUUAAAAAUGAUAGGUAAUGUCUCUUGGUUUUGUGUGAUAUCCCAGUAAUAUAUGGUUCAAAGUAGCAGCCGUUUGCAUAUAUUUUAUCUAGGUUAGUACAUGUUCUCCCUGCAGGAAUAUGCCUAGUCUUUGUUUACAUGAAUUCAAGUACUUGGGGAAUUGCCUGCAAAUGCUUUUAUUUCUAAUGUGUGCAGUCUGCUGUGUGUUAAUACUUGCUCAUAAAGACCUCUCUGCGGCCGUCUUUCUUUCCAUGUGCUCUAAUGAUUCCGAGUAGUGAUGGACACACUAUUUUGUAUGGCGGUAAUCUUGAGAGGAAUGCGAUUUUGUAGAGUUACUUAAUAUGUUCUAGCUGGCUAACUGUAAACCUAAGAGAAUACUUGAACUGUGUGAUAGUAAGUGAAAAUUGACUAUUUUGUGUUUGAAUUUUGAAAAAUUUCAAUUGCUUCUGAAGAAAAGAAAACAGUUAAUGUAUAGUUUCCUAUGUAGGUACUAUCGUAUCAUUUUUUUUUUUAUGGCUCUAGGUUUUAUCAGUAAAUAUGGGAUAUUUAAAAAGUUGCUUAUUCUUCAGGCCUCGAGUUGUGUACAAUUUCAGUGCUGAAGAAAAUCGAAGCCUAUAUCAGCUUGGGCUUCCAAAUCAGAACGGAAAUAUUUUUCCACACUUAGAAAUAUUUAUACAUUUGAUAAGCAGAACAGCUCAGCUGAUUGCUGACUUGGAGAAACACUGGGAUGCAAUUUUCCUUUUGAGAGAACCGUCCCAUGUCCCAAGGACUCCUGCUUCCUAAUACUGAAAAUCCUAAAGAGACCAUAUUUGAAGAUUUAUAAAAUAAAGUUGGCUCCUGUUCAGUAUCCUUGUA